GGCUUGAGAGGUAGAAUCCAGAACGUGCUUAUUGAAUUUGCAGACGACACUGAGCUGGGAAUGGAUUUGAGAGCUUUGAGGGCAGGAUUAGGAUCAAAGGGAACUGACAGCUCAGCCAAAUGGCCUGAAAGAAGCACGAUGCAGUUCAGAGGAGAGGAACCAACUGCAUGAGAAUGGAGCAGGAGGAGGCCCAGGCCAUCUCAUACAGGAAAGGUGCGGUUUGUAAACUGUAAUGGUGAUACUCAGGGUUUGCAAUGGUUGGCUCUGAUUUGGAUGGCCUCCAGAAGGAGCUCACCAGCACAACCUGUUGCUGUGCCCAUCAGAGGAUUACACGGACCCAUCUCAGCAUCCUGCAUCUGAUCAGUUCAUUUCAUUAACCUUGUACGAUGCAUGAGGACAGAGCCUGAUUGACAUUCACAGUGACACCUAAGGACCAGACGCUGAUGUUAGUCUAGACCCUGCUUUAUUACACCCUCAAACGCUUCAUCUCAUGUCAUCCCAACCAGACGUGGUGCUUUCUCUUGGCUCUGGGAAGCCGUGCUUGAACACGGGACCCCAUCAGCUGGGAAGAGGCCAAAGUGGCUGGCAGCUGCCUGGCCGUGAAUCCCCCAUUUGUAGCAGGCCUGGCUGUGCUUUGCUGCACCCGGAAAGCGUGGGGGUGUUUGUGGAAGGGACGGCCAAAUAACUGUGAGACCCAACCCUGGGGAACAGCGGGUGUAUUAUAGCAGAAAAAUGCACCUCCUCUGCCAAGUCCCAUUGUGCAAGAAGGGGUUAUUCUUCAGCCCUGCAAGGAUUUCACUUUGUGGCUGCUGUGGCUCCGACGUGAAGCAGUAUGUGUACGGUGGCUGGGCCUGGGCCUGGUGGUGCAUCACAGACACCCAAAGACUGUCUUUGGAGGUUAUGACCAUCCUCUGUCGCUGUGAGAAUAUUGAGACGUCGGAGGGGGUCCCACUGUACGUAACUGGGGUUGCACAGGUGAAGAUAAUGACCGAGAAGGAGCUCCUGGCUGUGGCCUGUGAGCAGUUCUUGGGGAAGAACGUGCAGGAUGUGAAGAACGUGGUCCUUCAAACACUGGAGGGGCAUCUGCGCUCCAUCCUAGGAACCUUGACAGUGGAGCAGAUCUACCAGGACAGGGACCAGUUUGCUAAGCUGGUGCGAGAGGUGGCAGCUCCAGACGUGGGUCGCAUGGGUAUCGAGAUCCUGAGCUUUACCAUCAAGGAUGUCUACGAUAAAGUGGAUUACCUGAGCUCCCUGGGAAAGACUCAGACUGCGGCUGUCCGAAGGGAUGCAGACAUUGGUGUGGCAGAAGCCGAGCGAGAUGCUGGCAUUCGGGAGGCAGAGUGCAAGAAGGAAAUGUUGGACGUCAAGUUCAUGGCAGAUACUAAAAUAGCAGAUUCCAAACGUGCUUUUGAACUGCAGAAAGCUGCCUUCACUGAGGAGGUCAACAUUAAGACAGCUGAAGCCCAGCUGGCCUACGAGCUCCAGAGCGCCCGGGAGCAACAGAAGAUCCGCCAGGAGGAGAUAGAAAUCGAGGUGGUGCAACGCAAGAAGCAGAUCGAUGUGGAAGAGAAGGAGAUCAUCCGCAAGGAGAAGGAGCUGAUAGCCACUGUGAAGCGGCCGGCUGAGGCUGAAGCUUAUCGCAUCCAGCAGAUAGCUGAGGGGGAGAAGGUAAGGCAAGUCCUCCUGGCUCAGGCGGAGGCAGAGAAGAUCCGCAAGAUCGGAGAAGCAGAAGCUUUUGUGAUUGAGGCCAUCGGGAUGGCAGAGGCUGAGGGGUUGAAGCUGAAGGCCAAAGCACUGCAGAACUACGGGGAAGCCGCCAAGCUGGCCCUGGUGCUGGAUGCAUUGCCCGAGAUCGCUGCCAAAGUGGCUGCUCCGCUCUCCAAAGUGGAUGAGAUCGUUGUUCUCAGCGGGGAGAGCAGCAAUGUGACGUCCGAGGUGAACCGCCUGCUGGCCGAGAUCCCCGCCUCCGUGCGUGCCAUCACUGGGGUGGACCUCACCAAGAUUCCCCUGAUCCAAAAAGCCACUGGAGCCCAGGCAUGAGACCCAAAGCGUGAAGAUCACUCCCUGUUAUGCACUCUGACAUCAACUGCCUUCAACACUCGGGAAUUCCUUUUGUAUCAGAGACGAUUGGAGUUUCAUUUUUAUGCUCUUGGUGCCUUAUUUUGUAGGGCCAGGAAGAUGCAUGUUCAAUCAGCCGCUCUUUUUGUUACAAAGGGUGGGAGGAGAUUUAUUUUCUAACUAACUGUAUGUUGUAUCCAGCCGCUGUUUGGCUCUGAUCCUUGGUUAGGACUGGCAGCUUGUCUGGUGUUGCAGUUCUGUGUCCUCAGAGCUCUCAGCAGGGGCACCAGGACGUGCUCUGUGCUCUCUGCCCUCCCACUGUGACCCUAUGGGGUGCUGCCCAGACCCCCACUGCUGCCCACAAGCUGGGUUUGUGGUUGGCUUUCCACGUUUGUUUGUCUCUCCUGCAUCCUGGGCACAGUGUCCCGGAGGUGCCAGUCCCACCCUGCUGGGGUGAUGCUGGAUCUCGGUGCCCGCUCCCGUCCUGCCUUCCCUCAGGGAAUUUCCUGCUGCCCUCCUGGCUCCCUGACCUCAUGGAGCGCUGCAGGGUGGCCAUACUGCCAAUGAAUAGCAUGGUGCCAAAGCUGCUCCAUCAGACCAGAGGGAGGCCAACCACCCCAAGUGCCACCAUGCCUCCCACCUCUGCUAGCAAGCAAGGGCCCCGGUGGCAUGGGAUGGCACCAGGCACUGUGAUGGGGAUGUGUUCCUCCUGCAGCUUGACCUGCAGCCCCCCUGCAAGCCCCCCACCCACCCGACAGCCCAUGGCUUUGCUGUGCCCAGAGGUGCUGUGAGAAGGUUGUCCCUUCUGUGCCGCCUGCAGUGCCACCAGGAGCGGGCACUGAGCUUCACCCGCUCUGUGUCUGUCCUGCUGUGUCUGUCCUGCCUGUCUUUGGUGCAGCUGUGCCUAAAAAUGUCUGCAUUGAGUCCCAGCUGUUGGGGGUGGGGGGGUCCCAACCUUGUGCAUCCUGUGCCACAUCUCAGCGUCACCCCCUUUGCACAGAGGGGUGGCUGCUGGGUGCACAGACCCAGGCCCACUUUGCCCUGGUGGUGCCACUGGUGCUGCACUGUCCCCUCCCUGUUGCUGUAUGGGGGGGUCAGGCCUUAUCAGCCCCCAACUUGUGGCCACCAGCCCUGAUCUGGCUCUUGCUGAUGGGUGUGCCGGGCAAGUCACCCUAUCUGUGUGUGUGUGUGCAUGCCUGCGCCGUCACUGCUGUGUGAUAAUAAAGCCUGUCACCUCGUG